CGCUCUAGGAAUCUCAGCGCUCUUCUCGCUCUUCGUUAGACUGCUGUCCGGGAUACGCCUCUCCUCCUGGCCGCUCUAGGAACGUCAGCGCGCGUCUCGCUGUCCCUUGGAGGACUGAAGGGCAGCCUUUCUUCUUCUCCUCGGGUGUCUCUGGCAUCACAGCCUUCGAAGCGGGCCUUGCUUUGUAACAAUCCCUAAGCGCCUCUCUCCCGACUGAGCUCCGUUUCGUCCGCGCUGCGCCCUCGCUUCUGGGAGGUACCAAAAUGGCAUUGGAGCCGAGCUCGGGAUCCUCUUGGCUUCAGGAUGGAGGAAAAGGAGCUGCCAUGAAGCCUCCAGCUUCCUUUCGUUUGGGUGUAAGAAGAUCUCAAGAGAACCAGGGCCGGGUCUCCUUUGAGGAGGUGGCUGUGUAUUUCACCAAGGGGGAGUGGGACCUCCUGGAUCCGGGCCAGAGGGCUCUCUAUAAAGAAGUCAUGCUGGAGAAUUACGGCAACAUGGCCUUUCCGGACUAUCCAAAGCCGGACCUGAUUUCUUGGCUGGAACGAGGAGAAGAACCCUUUGACCAGGGCUUUGUACAAAGGGAGAGAUCUGCAGCAGGUAAUGAGAAAGAUGACAGGGAAUAUAAGGAGGCUGCUAUGAUGUCGUCAGAAACAGCCAAGCAUGCAGCAGGAAAAGAGAGUUUGGGAAAUGAACGGAGAGAACGAAGGGACCAGGGAAACCAACCCCAGAAAGGAAAGAAGAAAUCCUCUGCUGCUCAGGGAGCUGAUACCUGUGAAAGCCAGACCCUCCAGGAAAAUCACAGUGAAGUGUGUCCUGCCUGUGGGAAAAUCUUCAGAUUUAAAUCACAGUUCAUUAUACACUGGAGAAUCCACUCAGGGGAGAAGCCAUAUCAGUGUAAAACAUGUGGCAAGAGUUUCAGUCAGCUUUCGUAUCUACAUUCACAUCAAAAACUCCACACAGGGGAGAAACCAUAUAAAUGCCUGGAAUGUGGAAAGGGCUUCAUUAAAAGCUCUGCCCUUACAAUCCAUGAAAGAAUCCACACAGGGGAGAAACCGUAUCAGUGCAUGGAAUGUGGAAAGCGCUUCACUGCCAACUCUGCUCUUAUGGUACAUCAAAGAAAACACACCGGAGAGAAACCGUACCAAUGCACGGUAUGUGGAAAAAGCUUCAGUGAUAGCGGAGCAUGUAGCAAUCAUCAUAAAAUCCAUACAGGAGAAAAACCAUUUAAAUGCCUAAUUUGCGGAAAGAGCUUCCGUAGGAAUGAUGCUCUUAAUGCACAUCAGAGGAAACACACGGGGGAGAAACCGUAUCAGUGUACAGAAUGUGGAAAGAGCUUCCGGGAUACCAGUGCAUUGAAGAUCCAUCAAAGAACCCAUACAGGAGAGAGCCCUUAUUUCUCCGGGGAAAAACCAUAUCAGUGCGUGGAAUGUGGAAAGGGCUUCAAUAAUGGCAGUGCAUUGACUGUACAUCAAAGAAUCCACACCGGGGAGAAACCUUAUAAAUGUUCAGAAUGUGGAAAGAGCUUUAGUCGGAGUGAACAUCUGAAAUCACAUAAAAAAACUCACACGGGGGAGAAACCACAUAAAUGUACGGUAUGUGGAAAAGGCUUCGGUGAUAGUGGAUCAUGUAUUAAACACCAAAGAACUCACACGGGGGAGAAACCGUAUAAAUGUAUGGAAUGUGGGAAGAGCUUUACUAGUAGUGGAUCAUGUAUUAAACAUGAAAGAACACACACUGGGGAGAAACCCUAUAAGUGCAUGGAAUGUGGAAGGAGGUUCACUCAGCGUGAAGGUCUCUAUUCACAUCAAAGAACCCACACAGGAGAGAAACCAUUUAAAUGCAUGGAAUGUGGGAAAAGCUUCAGCCAGAGUGGAAAUCUGAUUUUACACCAGAGAACCCACACAGGAGAGAAACCGUAUCAGUGUAUGGAAUGUGGAAAGAGCUUCAAUAAUGGCAGUGCGUUGACUGUGCACCAAAGGACCCACACUGGGGAGAAACCUUAUAAAUGUAUGGAAUGUGGGAAGAGCUUCAGUGUUAGUGCAUCAUGUAGUAGGCAUCAAAGAAUGCACACAGGGGAGAAACCGUACCAAUGUAUGGAAUGUGGAAAGACAUUUAUAGAUAGUGGCUCAUGCAUUAAACACAAAAGAACUCACAUAGGGGAGAAACUACAAAAUGUUGACUGUUUGCCAAAAUCAAGCAACUCUCCUGCUUCAACACUUUCAUUGGCUGCCAGUUUGUUCCCAGUGACAAUUCAGAGUGCUGGUCAUGAGCUCUAAAGUCCUGUACAGCUUUGGUCCAAACUCUCCAACAAAUCAUUGCCUGUAUCUGUUUCUGCUCGGAACCUGAGAAUCUUAGGAGAAGCCAGAUAAAUGGAUGGCAUGUAGGUCAAGAUUUGUUAGAAAAAGAAGCUUGAUUCAAAUACAAUUUGGCAUUUGUUCCUUUAUGGGGAAAAGUCCCUCUGCUAACUGGGGAUAUGAUAUUAUACCUUCAAGCAGGGUGUGUUUUUGUUAUGAGUUCUGCUGGAUUUCAUAAACAGAAAAAGGUUGAA